AUGUCGUUGGAUGCACCGGCUUCAUCCCUCAAUGCUUCAGAUCCACACGCGCGGCUCCUGGGUGCCUCAUGCCUUGAUUUCCUCCUCAUAGAGCUCGUCCCUAUGGCGGAGCGUUUAGCGAAGGAACUUGCUUCAGAAGAUAAGCUACCAGAUGAUGAAGAAAUCCGGGAAACUACAUUCUUUCGCCUUGAAUCUCUAGGUUACAGGGUUGGACAAGGGUUGGCUGAACGCAGAUUCUCCCGCGAUCGCCCACGAUUCGCAGAUAACCUGGAUGUCAUAAAGUUUUUGUGCAAGGACUUGUGGACGAUACUAUUUAAGAAGCAGGUGGAUAACCUGAAAACGAAUCACCGGGGCGUGUAUGUCUUGACUGACAACUCAUUUCGACCAUUUGCAAGGAUGAGUACAUCUGUGCGAAGCGAGGCGGUGUCUAUGGCUCAAGCGUAUCUAUGGUUUCCAUGCGGCGUUAUUCGCGGUGCUCUAUCAAACCUCGGUAUUACAACCACUGUCCAGGCGGAAUCUACAGAGCUUCCAGGUGCAACCUUUCAAAUUAAAACCGUCAACCCCAAGCCCUGA